AUUUGCUCGAAACAUUUAUUCUCUCUCUCUCUUAAAAAUGCCAAAAAUCUUGUGGAAAAGCCUCCAUCUUUGCUUCCCGUCGAAUCUCACCAAAUGCUAUUCUUCGCCGUGUAUUCCUCCGUCCUCCGCCGAUCAAGACUUUACCGACCAACCUAGCCGUCCCUCUAUCGUUCUCCUCAAUAACUUCAACCUUCUCUACCACCAUGACAACAACCACCGCCACCGUGUCAUUGACUUACCUUCCUCCUCCACCACCACCACUCCGGCCGCCACCUCCUCGUCCUCCACGUCAUCAUACGAAUCUGAUAUCUCUCCUGAUGUAUCCGCCGCUUUCGCUUCUCGUCGCUUCUUCUUCUCUUCCCCUGGCCGGUCCAAUGCAAUCACCGACUCACCAGAAACCCGGUCAAGAGAAUUCUCUGAUAAUUACGAUGAUGCCACUAUCACGUCGACAAAGAAGAAGAAGAAGAAUUAUGAUACUACCGUGACUACUACUACGAGGCUUAUAAGCGGAGGAACCGCCGUGACUCAAAACGUGGACUCACCGGAUCCGUUAACGGACUUCCGGCGAUCAAUGCAGGAGAUGAUUGACGCCGCCAUUGACGCUGGAGAACUUAGCCGUGAUCCGAACGACGGUUACGAUUUCUUGGAUGAGCUCCUACUCACUUAUCUCUCCUUGAAUCCAACCGACACACACAAGUUCGUCAUCAGGGCUUUCUCCGACAUAUUGGUCUCACUCUUGUCUCAAGAACGCCGAAUAUGCUGACGUGGCGGCAGCCGCCGGGAUAAAAACGCCCGUGUAUU